AUGGCCGACGAGGGACUCAACAUUUACGAUGAGAUCGAGAUCGAGGAUAUGACCUUCGACCCAGCUGUGCAGAUCUACACAUACCCAUGCCCAUGUGGCGACCGCUUCGAGAUCGCAAUCGACGAUUUGCGCGACGGCGAAGAAAUCGCCGUUUGUCCCAGUUGCAGCCUGAUGAUCCGGGUGAUCUUCGAUGUGGCCGAUCUUCCCAAAGCAUGA